AUGGAGGCCCCCGGAGAAGGCAGCAGCCCCAGUGCCAUAGUGACACCCCAGGCACCGGUGCUGCCGCUGGAGACUCGAGUGGCCCGGAGACGCCUGUCCCAGGCCCGCCACCGAGCCACCCUGGCGGGACUGUUCAGCAGCCUCAGGAAGGUGGUUUACUCCCAGUCUGACCUCACAGCCUCUAAGUGGCAGGUCCUGAAUCAGGCGAAGAAUCAUAUUCAGGAACUGGAGCACACCCUGGACAGUUUGCUGAAGCAGAAAAACUCCUUCAACCUGAAGGACGAGCACGCAAGCACCUUAGAGGAGGUCAAGGAAGAAUAUGCCAGGAUAUACUCUGCAAAUGACAGCCUGGUCCCAAACAGCUUUGCUCAGAAUGGCUCCUUUCUCUGGUGCCCAACUGAGGUAGCCGGGAAAGAUGUUAAAGAGGAGGAAGCAGUGGACGAAGAGGACCAAGAGGAGGAGGAGGAGGAGGAAGAAGAAGAAGAAGAGAAGGGAGAAGAAGAGGAGGAAGAGGAGGAGAAAAAAGUGGAGUUCUUGCACCCCCCUGACACCGUGUCUCCAGAUCUCAUGGAAUUUGAACGGUAUCUCAGCUUUUACAAGCAGACCAUGGACCUGCUGACCGUGAACGGGAUCAUCGCCCCUCAGGACGUGACACUGCCCGUGGUCUCCGCUGCCAUCUCCCACCUGUGGCAGACCUUCUCCGAGGAGAGGAAGGCCAGCAUCCUGCAGGCCUGGAUGCAGAAGCAGAGUGAUCUCCCGGGCCCACAGGGGGCCUACCAGGGGCUGCUCUGUGUCAAGGACAGUGGAGUGGACAGCCAGGAGGCCACCUUCUCCCUGAUCUCCACCCCGGAGGAGAUCCUUUUUGAAGACGUCUUUGAUCUGGCAAACUUCCUGGACAACAAUGAGGCUCCAAAUGCAUACAGCCCCAGUUCAGUGCUUGACGGCUACAACCCAGCCGAUGCCGGGGAGAAGUUUCAGCUCUACGUGCAGAUCAUCGACUUUUUUAAAGGCCUCUGUGGUGCUAACACCGAGAUAAAACAGGAACAGGACCAUUCUGUUGACGAUGAUGUACACAUGUUGCGGUGCAUGGAGACCUUCGACGACGACGAUUUGUAG